AGAUCAUCGAUGACGUUAUACAAUCCCCAUAGAGAACUACAGCGACUGACUAUUAGUUCCCCGUUAUAUAAACCAGGCUCUAUACAAUUCUAAUGGAGAAAACCAAAUUAUUAGCGAUCCUGAGUUGUUUAUUUGUUCUCUUAUUAGCACUCUUAUUCAAUCAAUUCUAUUUUCAUAAUUUUACAGAGAUUAGUAGUACUUACACUUUGAGUUCGAAUAAGAUGAAGGCCUGGGUUUAUAGUGAAUAUGGUGUCUCAGGAGAAGUGUUGAAAUACGAGAGUGAGUACAGUGUUCCUGAGAUUAAUGAUAAUCAAGUUCUUGUUAAGGUUGAGGCUGCUGCUCUUAACCCUGUUGAUUAUAAGCGAAUGCUCGGAUUUUUCAAAGGCAUCGACUCCGCUUUACCUCAUAUUCCAGGAUAUGAUGUAGCUGGGGUGGUAGUCAAGGUUGGAAGUCAGGUUAAGAAGUUGAAGGUAGGAGAUGAAGUCUAUGGUAAUGUUAAUGAAACACCUCUCCAGAACUGUAAGAGGUCGGGGACGCUGGCUGAGUUCACUGCAGUUGAGGAGCAUCUUGUGGCUAUCAAGCCCAAGAAUCUGAGCUUUGCUGAAGCAGCGAGCCUUCCGCUUGCUCUUUCGACUGCUUAUCAAGGUUUCGAGCUCACAGAAUUUACACCUGGUAAAUCUGUCCUCAUCUUGGGAGGUGCUGGUGGUGUUGGAUCCCUAGCAAUUCAGCUGGCUAAACAUGUUUUUGGCGCGUCAAAAAUUGCAACUACUUGCAGCACUGGAAAAAUUGAGCUUGUAACGAGUCUGGGUGCUGAUGUUGCCAUCGACUACACAAAGGAACAAUUCGAGGAGCUGCCUGAGAAAUAUGACAUGGUGUUCGACACAGUUGGGGCUUGCGACAAGGCAGUGAAGGCGAUCAAAGAGAACGGGAAAGUAGUAACGAUAUGGGGUGAGGUGACUGCACCUGGUUUCUCAUUCCUGGUGACUUCGAAAGCAUCGGACCUGGAGAAACUCAAUCCAUACUUGGAGAGUGGAAAGGUGAAGGCAUUGUUGGACCCUAAAUCCCCGUUUCCCUUCUCCAAGACUGUGGAAGCAUUUGCUCAUCUUGAAACAGGCAGAGCUAUUGGCAAAGUGGUUAUUCAUCCUAUUGCCUGAUCACUCUUAACCCUACUGGCCCAGUUACACUUACAUUUUGGUUUCUAUCUUAUUAUUGUUGUUUGAUACCAUAAAUAAAUCAGAGGUAGCCCUUUCCCACAUUGUUCCCUUCCUCUUUUUUUUUUUUGGUAACGUCGUAAAAUGGUUGCUCCAGUUGCAUUUUCUAUGAAUGCUCGUUUAAUUUCAUUAGA